GAUUUUGAGAGCACUAGAUGCUUUUUUAAAUUCUUUGAAGAGCAGCUUCGACAAAUAUCCAACACUCCAGUAUGGAAUUAUAUCAGAAGAGUUUUGCAAAGAAGUUGGCAAUGAACACCUUCGCAAGUACUGGAAAGCAUAUAUGGAUGCAUUAGCGGUCGUACACUUGGCUGUACAAGUCAGAGCUGAAUCAAUAGAUCUAUCAAAUCUUGAUUAUGCUAAAGUCUACUAUUUUGUGCCACUCACUCGUACCGGUGAAAAGAUAGUAGAAGUUGACGCUGAAGCAUUGCAUGUUAUAACAAGCAUUGACAAGUCUCACAUUUUCAAACAAGCAUUCUUUGUUACGCACAUUUUAAAAUUUUUCACUGAUGCCAUACUGAUGCCCUGCACUAAACAAAAAUUGAAGUAAAAGCGAGCAAUUUAUCAGAUGUCAUUAUUACGUUAGUUCAUCACAGCCCAACCACCAAGAUACAUGUCAGCAAUCCAGAUGAAAAAGUGUGUGCUGGGAUAAUAACAGUAUGCUACCAAAUGGCAAAAAAUUCGAAAAUCGAUGGUGGCAAAACAUCAUUUGAUUUUAUUGUUCUCUGUAGUCGUUGUGAGCUGCACAAUGCUCAUGAUAUUGCGACAGGCUAUCAUCAUAUCCUUCCUGUGGAUACUUUGCAGUGCUCUGCUUGUAAAAUGAAGUUCAGUGGGACACAGUUAAAAGUAUGGAAUGAUGUGUUACUGAAAUUUCCCAUUCCGUCUCAUUUCAAACGCAAUAAUUGUUUAUCAGUCAAAGAUAUAGCUUGGAUUGCUUCUGAGGUUUCAAAGUCUCAUGAUGCUGAUCAUGAUGUUGUUUCUGAGCUUGCAAGAAGUCUUGAGGUUGAUACAAGAAGUUUGAAGCAGUUUGAUUCUAAGGAUAUUCAAGUCUUGUCCAUUGUAAUGUAGUGGAGCAGAAAAUAUUCAAGUAAUGAGCCUAAAAGAGAUCUUGCAAGAAAGUUGUAGGAGUUAAACUCAAAAUUUUAUGACUUAGCUAAAGAUCUAGAUCCAUAUAUUCCUGUUCCCAAAAGUGCUGCUGAACAUUAGUAAAAAAAGUCUUAUCAAUAAAUGUUAGUAAUUACUUUAUUUUGAUUUAAUUUUUCGUAGAAUAAUACAUAACAUUUCUCUUUGAUAAGUUUUGGACUUUACUUUUUUUACAUGUA